CCCAUGUACAGUGGGAACGCGUCACCGCUCAACCCAGCCUACGUCCCAAAUGUUCGGCAACCACAGGCAGGUGGAGGUCAAAGGCACGCUAGUGCCAUCAUCAUGGGAGUAGCCGUGGCAGGACUGUUUGUUCUUACAGCUCUCUUCAUUUCAACCUUCAUACCAGGAAAACAACACAGUUUCACACCAACGACAUGGCCGAACCCCACCUUCACAGCCCAAACGGAUGGAAGCCAACUUGUGGACUACACGUCACCUCGUGUGGACUACACGUCACAUCAUGUGGACUACACGUCACCCAAUUUGGACUACACGUCACCUCAACCAACCAGCACUGAAGGAAAAGAACAAGGCGAAGUCGAAGAAACAACAAGUGCCGUAGGCGGAAAGAAACAUGAAGCGGGAAUAAUGCUCCGUGAACAAUGUAGUGUUGUCGCGUCGCCUAGCAAAGAGGUAUAUAUGUCUGGCGCCUCAAACAGGCGGGUCAUAAUACUGGACCCAAGAGGCCUCCGCAGUUUUUCCACCAUCGCGUCAGAGACUGAGUGCGAGGCGAUAGAUCCCGACGACAUUUCCAUCGGCGGGAGGGGCCGCCUAUGGGGCAUUGGGAACUGUUACCCAUCUGCUACAGGGCUAAUUGUGAGGUACACAAAGAAGGAGCUUGACACUUCAACAUUACAUCCCUUCCUGCCUACCAAUACAUGCCUUGGCAUUUUGGUGGAAGCACUUGGCGAUCGUCGUGUAAAAGUAACGUUCUAUUCUGACUAUUUACUGGUAACGGUUAGGCAUGUGAGCGGCACGGUUGUUCGCAAAUUCAGGGUGCGGAACGGUUUCAGGAUGCAGCAGGGUUGGGGGGACGGGUACCCCGGACUGGUCACGGUAGGGCGGGGUGGAAACCUGUCUGUGGCCGACCACUGGGACAUUCAUGUGUACGCGUAUAACGGAACCGGUCACCAUCUCCUCAGGUUCGGAGAUGGUGACAUAACAGAAAUCAUGGCAAUAUUUGGCAUGUGUAUAAGCAAAUGUAUAUUCCCCCACUAUUGAUCUUGCAUGUUUUUAAAUGUCAGUGCGUAUCUUUGCGUGAUGAUGUGAGAUUUAGGUCCAGAAGUAGCUCUCUUGCUCACAAAAUCAUUUCCCCUUUUUGCUAUUUCCAUCGAGCCCUUGAACACAUGAUAGAUGAUAUGGAUGUGAGCAAUGCAGAAUCGUAGUUUUGGAAUUCAUAACGGUAAAGUUUCAAAGCUGUCGUUAGGACACCUUUUCCCAUGGGGCACAUGGAAGUAAUUUAUGACUGUCUCCAUCCUUAGGUUUUCGCCAAAAAAAGACAUUGCUGUAAAUUGAAAUCAACAAAAGGGUUGCUGUACUUACGUAACAUAGUGAUAAUUUUAAAUAACGUUAACGUUAGAACUCGAUAUGUGUGGACUAAAAACAAGCUGUUAGCUGAAAUUUCGUUCCUUCUAGUCCACAAAGAGUCUGUUCUCAUUUUGAAUUUUUACUCCGUCAGUUUUAGCAGAUAAGUUUUGCCGAUUUGGCUUCUCCUAGUGACCAGGUAUCUCGUGUUAAAAUAUGUCUGAGAUAUUUUUUAAGACAUCACAAGAUGCAGGACUUUUCGGCUCAUGCAGAAAGAUUUGAUCUGAAAAUCGUGUUUCAGAAAUUAGGCUGAGGUCCGAGAACUAUGACUAUUGAUGUGUCGUUUAUGUGUUUAAUAUGCUUAACUUAUUGGCUAGACUCAUACAUAUCUACUUUAAUCUGUUAACAGCGUCAUACUGAUUGAAAUAAAGAUUGUCUUCUGA